AUGAUACAAGGAGCCCACGUAUUCUCGCAUCAGCACCAGUACAAUCCUCAAGGGGAACCAUCAUGGAUGCAUCAGCACCAGCAGAGCCAGCAUCAGCACGCCCAACACGCUGCCGCUGCCGCUGCCGCCGCAACUGCUGCCCAGCAGCAGCAUUACAAUCGCAUCGCUGCUAACCACAACACUGGUGGACCAAUGGCAGUGGCAUCUCACGGACAGGAUGCUGCUUUGUUGGAAACCGUUACCGAGGAAAACCGGCGAACUCUGGCUUUCAUCGCCGACCUGUUGAGCGAGGAUACUAGAGAAGCAGCUCUUUUGGAGCUUAGCAAGAAGCGCGAACAAGUUCCGGAGCUGGCACUGAUCUUAUGGCACUCUUUUGGUGUCAUGACUUCACUCCUCCAAGAGAUUAUCUCGGUAUACACGCUCCUUAAUCCUUCGCAACUCACAGCUGCGGCCUCAAACCGUGUCUGCAAUGCUCUGGCGCUUCUUCAGUGUGUGGCUUCCCACAAUGAAACUCGAGGCCUGUUCCUGAAUGCGCACAUUCCCCUCUUCCUCUACCCCUUCCUCAAUACUACAUCGAAAUCAAGGCCGUUUGAAUACCUGCGAUUGACCUCUCUUGGUGUCAUUGGGGCGCUUGUUAAAAACGAUUCAUCCGAUGUUAUCAAUUUUCUCCUUACAACCGAGAUUAUCCCACUGUGCCUACGAAUCAUGGAAACUGGUUCUGAGCUUAGCAAAACCGUAGCAAUAUUCAUCGUGCAGAAGAUUCUUCUCGAUGACCAUGGGCUGAACUACAUCUGCGCUACAUAUGAGCGCUUCUACGCGGUGGGGACAGUUCUCAGCAACAUGGUUUCGCAGCUUGUUGAGCAGCAGACUGCCAGGUUACUCAAGCAUGUCGUGCGGUGCUUCCUACGGUCAGACACACUACAGCUCCUUCUCUAUACAACCACUGAUGAUAGAUGCAGACUUAGUGAUAAUGCACGGGCUCGUGAAGCCCUUCGACAAUGCCUCCCCGAACCUCUCCGAGACGCCACGUUUUCCUCAGUCCUCCGAGACGACGCUGCCACGAAGCGCUGCCUUACUCAACUAUUAAUGAACCUCUCGGACAAUGUGCUCGAAUCUUCCGGCAACCAUCAAGGCAUAUAA